AUGGCGGCAGAGACGACAGAAACGCCUCGGCGGCGGCUCUUCAACAGCUCCGCAAAUGUCGGCGCCGAUGGCGGCGUCGGUAGCGCCCGGGGCGCCGCUAACCCUGUCCCCGCGCACGCCGCGAGUUCCCGGUGUAUAAAGGACCUCGAAUCGCGGCGGAAGCGCGGGUCGUGGACGGCGGAGGAAGACGCGGAGCUGCGCGCUUACGUGGCAAAGUACGGCGUGGGGAAUUGGAAGCACGUGGCGGAGGCGACGCCGGCUUUGAAUCGCGACGCGCAGAGCUGCCGUUUGCGGUGGUCCAGCCACCUGGACCCUAAGGUACGCGUCGCUGCGCUUCGGCUGGGGGGUGGGGAGGGGGUCGGGAGUGGGGGCGGUGCGGGGGAGAUGGGGGGGGGGGAUGGGGGUGGGGCGGAGGGGGGUGGGGCGGAGCUGCAGAGACUGCGGUGGUCCCGAGGGAAUAUUUUUAGAGGGCGAAAAAGGGGGGGGGGGAGAGGUAGAGGUCUGUGCGGAGGUGGGCGGGGGAUCGGGGGAAAUGGAAAUGAGUCGUCGGAAUGCGAAGGGAAUGCGACGCUUCCCGUUUCCGAACCCGCCGCGCUUCUCUUGAAAUGCAGGCAUCCAGUGGGGGGGCGUCAACCCCCCUCUCUCCCUCUCCCCCUCGCCCCCUCUCCCCCUCGCCCCCUCUCCCCCUCUCCCCCUCUCCCCCUCUCCCCCUCCUCCCCCCCCGCCUCCCCCCCUCUCCCCCUCUUUCCCUCUCCCCCUCCCCCCCUCCCCCUCUCCCCCUCUCCCCCUCUUUCCCUCUCCCCCUCUUUCCCUCUCCCCCUCUCCCCCUCUCCCCCUCCCCUCCUCCCCCUCUCCCCCUCGCCCCCUCUCUCCCUCUCCCCCUCUCCCCCUCUCUCCCUCUCCCCCUCUCUCCCUCUCUCCCUCUCCCCCUCUCCCGCAAUGCAGGUCAAUCGUGCGCCAUUUAUCUCUGCUCAGCCUUUUUCGCCCCUCUCCCCUCCGCUCUCAGUCCACACCCCCUCCCCUGCUACUUCCCCCCGUCCCUCCUCCCCUUCCCCUUCCCCUUCCCCUUCCCCUCCCCCCUCCCCCCUCCCCUCCCCCGUCCCCACCAAUGCAGGUCGCGCUCGCGCCAUUCAAAGAAGAAGGCGCGCUGCUCCUUGCGAGCGUGGCGUCAGCCGUGCGCCAUUCACGCCAGAAGAAGACGCACUUUUGAUGGACAGCGUUGCAUGGGGCUCCCACGGCGAAACCAAGUGGGCCGCAAUCGCCUCGGCGAAAUUCCCCUCGCGAACUGGUUACCAGAUUCAGAGCCGCUGGCACAGCCUCGUGAACAAGCAACGCCGCUGGAUCGACCCACUCGCUACCACCCCGAAAGAACUUCUGAGGCGCCUCAAAAUUCCAUUCGCUACCACCCCGAAAGCAAGGCCAGCGGGAAACACUACUAUCACCACUGCUACUGUCAACCCGCCUGUUGCUGCGCGGGAGCGGUCGGCAGGAAACACCGCAGAUACUAUUGUGACAGGCACGGGCAGGAGGGAACUUUCCUCCUGCCUUGAAGGCAAGGGGGGGAAGGAGCUUCCCUCCCCGCUUGUAGGCGAUCUCGAACGAUUAUCCGAUUCGACAAGCGGGCGGAGAAGUGGGAGCGGAAGCAAGAGAAUAAUCGAGCUCGGUGGGGAGGUUGUCGUGGGUACUGCUACUGUCCCGGUGGUGUCUGUGAAUACCCCAGGUGUUGCCUCAGGUGGUGCCUCCGGUGUCGCAUCAGGUGUUUUCCCAGGUGGUUCCCCAGCCGACGAGUGUGAAGAGGAGGCAUAUGGAUGUGACAGCAGGUUUGCAAAGCGAGUGAGGACAGAAGCAGAGAGCAUGAGCACCUUUAAGACGCCUCAAGUAUCGUCUCAAGAGGUGCUGCAAGGCAUGCUGAAAAGCGAGGUGGCUCUUGAGUCGACUCAAAGGACAGCAGCAGAGAGCGUGACGGCCUUUAAGACGCCUCAAGUAUCGUCUCAAGAGGUGCUGCACGGCAUGCUGAAAAUCUUGGCUCAGCAAGGUUUGGUACAAGACAGCGGGAUUGCCAAGCGAGUGAGGACAGAAGCAGAGAGCGUGACGGCCUUUAAGACGCCUCAAGUAUCGUCUCAAGAGGUGCUGCACGGUAUGCUGAAAAGGGAGGGGACAAAUGGAUGGGCCAUGCCUGGCAUUCCGCGCUCAAGUAGCGGGGGCAGCAGCACGUGCAGCAAUGCAGUAGCAUGUGGGGGUGAGGAUAAGGAAUGGAAUGGAAUGCAGAUGCAGGGUGGUGAGGUGGGGGCUUUGCUGGACGAGCGGAGGAGGCAGCAGCAAGCUCAGGAGGUGUUGCAGUACCAGCACCGUCAACGGCAGCAGGAGCAGCAGCAGCAGCAGCAGCAGCAGCAGCAGCAGCAGCAGCAGCAGCAGCAGCAGCAGCAGCAGCAGCAGGAGCAUCAUCAACAAGAGCAGCAACAGCGGCAGCAGCAGCUGCUGUACCAGCAAUUGGCUCUGCACUUGGUUGCGGCGGCGCUGCUGAAACAUGGAUGA